UUUUUGAUAAAAAGAAAAGACAAGAAUUGUUUCACCUGCAGUCAGUGUGGAAAGAGUUUGGGAUGUAAAAACAGUCUUAAAAUUCACAUGAGGAUCCACACUGGAGAGAGACCACACAAAUGUGAUCAGUGUGGGAAGAGUUUCAAACAAUCAUCAAACCUUAAUGAUCACAUGUUGAUCCACACUGGAGAGAAAACACACAAAUGUGAUCAAUGCGGCAAAACGUUUUUGACAGCUUCAUGUCUGAAGGUCCAUCUUAAAGUUCACACGAAGGAGAAGCCUUAUUCAUGUUCUGUGUGUGGAAAGAGUUUUUCACAGCGGUCAAGUUUAAGAGAACAUCAGAAAAUCCACACUGGUGUGAAUGAGUAUAUGUGCUUUGAGUGUGAGAAGACUUUUAUUAAUGCUCAACAUUUGAAAAGGCACCAGAGGAUUCACACUGGAGAGAAACCUUACAAGUGUUCACACUGCGACAAGAGAUACAGUGAGUUUAGAAGUCUGAAAACACAUCAGAGGAUUCACACUGGAGAGAGACCUUUCAAGUGUUCGCACUGUGACAAAAAAUUCAGUUUAGAAGGAUAUCUGAAAACACAUGAGAGGAUUCACACUGGAGAGAAACCUUACAAGUGUUCACACUGCGACAAGAGAUUCAGCCAGUUAGGAAAUCUGAAAUCACAUGAGCCUAUUCACACUGAAGAGAAACCGUACACAUGUACUCAGUGUGGGAAGAGUUUCGGACAAUCAAUAUCCCUUACUCGACACAUGAUUGUUCACACUGGAGUGAAACCGUACACAUGUACUCAGUGUGGGAAGAGUUUUGGACAAUCAUCAAACCUUAAUAUUCACAUGUUGAUCCACAGUGGAGAGAAAACACACAAAUGUGAUCAAUGCGGUAAAACAUUUUUGAGAGCUGCAGAGCUGAAGAUCCAUCUUCGAGUUCACACGAAGGAGAAGCCUUAUUCAUGUUCUGUGUGUGGAAAGAGUUUUUCAACACAGUCAUAUUUAAGAGAACAUCAGAAGAUUCACACUGGUGUGAAAGAGUAUAUGUGCUUUGAGUGUGAGAAGACUUUUAUUCGUGCUGAACAAUUGAAAAGACACCAGAGGAUUCACACUGGAGAGAAACCCUACAAGUGUUCACACUGCGACAAGAGAUUCAGUAAUUUAGGACAUCUGAAAUCACAUGAGAGGAUUCACACUGGAGAGAGACCUUACACAUGUACUCAGUGUGGGAAGAGUUUCAGAGAAUCAUCAUCCCUUACUCAACACAUGAAUAUUCACAAUGGAGAGAGACCGUACACAUGUACUCAGUGUGGGAAGAGUUUUAGAAAACCAUCAAACCUUUAUCAACACUUGAUAAUUCACACUGGAGAGAGACCGUACACAUGUACUCAGUGUGGGAAGAGUUUCAAACACUCAUCAAACCUUAAUGAUCACAUGUUGAUCCACACUGGAGAGAAAACACACAAAUGUGAUCAAUGCGGCAAAACGUUUUUGAGAGCUGUAGAGCUGAAGAUCCAUCUUAGAGUUCACACGAAGGAGAAGCCUUAUUCAUGUUCUGUGUGUGGGAAGAGUUUUGCAAGGCAGUCAGGUUUAAGAAAACAUCAGAAGAUUCACACUGGUGUGAAAGAGUAUAUGUGCUUUGAGUGUGAGAAGACUUUUAUUAAUGCUCAACAAUUGAAAAGGCACCAGGUGAUUCACACUGGAGAGAAACCCAACAAGAGUUCACACUGCGACAAGAGAUUCAAUCAAUUAGAAAGGCUGAAAACACAUGAGAAGAUUCACACUGGAGAGACACCGUACACAUGUACUCAGUGUGGGAAGAGUUUUGGACAAUCAUCAUGCCUUAAUGAUCACAUGUUGAUCCACAGUGGAGAGAAAACACACAAAUGUGAUCAAUGCGAUAAAACAUUUUUGAGAGCUGCAGAGCUGAAGAUCCAUCUUCGAGUUCACACGAUGGAGAAACCUUAUUCAUGUUCUGUGUGUGGAAAGAGUUUUGCAAGGCAGUCAGGUUUAAGAGAACAUCAGAAGAUCCACACUGGUGUCAAAAAGUAUAUGUGCUUUGAGUGUGAGAAGACUUUUAUUAGUGGUCAACAUUUGAAAAGGCACCAGGUGAUUCACACUGGAGAGAAACCAUACAAGUGUUCACACUGCGACAAGAGAUUCAAUCGAUUAGACAUUGUGAAAACACAUGAGAGGAUUCACACUGGAGAGAAACCGUACACAUGUACUCAGUGUGGGAAGAGUUUUGGACAAUCAUCAAACCUUUAUCAACACAUGAUUAUUCACACUGAAGAGAAACCGUACACAUGUACUCAGUGUGGGAAGAGUUUCAAACACUCAUCAAAUCUUAAAAUUCACAUGUUGAUCCACAGUGGAGAGAAAACACACAAAUGUGAUCAAUGCGGUAAAACAUUUUUGAGAGCUGCAGAGCUGAAGAUCCAUCUUAGAGUUCAUACGAAGGAGAGGCCUUAGUCAUGUUCUGUGUGUGGAAAGAGUUUUUCACAGCAGUCAAGUUUAAGAGAACAUCAGAAGAUUCACACUGGUGUGAAAGAGUAUAUUUAUUAGUGCUGAACAGUUGAAAAGGCACCAGGUGAUUCACACUGGAGAGAAACCCUACACAUGACCACACUGUGACAAGAAAUUCAAUCAGUUACAAAUCUUGAAAAAUCAUGAGGAUUCACACAAGAAAACACGUACACGUGAUCCAUGUCUGGGGAGUUUAACUGUGAAGAGUCUGGGGAGCCCUUUAACUGCCCCACCAAGAAAAAAAAAAAUUGGAUUGCAUUUCUUAACUCCUUAUGUCGCUAGUUAACACACUCAAUGUAUUUUUUUUUCCAACACCUCCCAUAAUUUCUAAAAUAUCAGCCUCUACCAAAUGGUUGAUGUGUCCGAUUAUGGUAAAAGUACCGGAAUUAAUACAUAUACUAUGAAAAAUCUGAAAAUAUGAAGUCUAAGACCAAUUUAUUUUAAAAAAUAUUACAAAUAAAACAUUUUUGAAUACUAAAUAUCUCUUUUUUAUGUAUGCCAUUAAAUAUUUUCAGAUUUUCAUUUAAUACAGCAAUUUACUUGUUUUUUUUUUAUUUUAUUUUUUUAACAAAACCAAAAUCAAGUGUAGUAGUGCAACAGGAUGUUUGUUUGUUUGUUUGUUUGUUUGUUUGUUUGUUUUGGUAAACCAACAAUGCUGUUUGUGUAAACCAUUAUUUUGAACAGUCAUUAUGUAAAACAGAAAAAAAAUGGUCAACCAUCUGGUAGAGCGGCAGUCAAAGGGUUAAAUGAUACGAGACAGCUGAGAGAGCUUAACGCGCUGCAACUUCAGAAAGCACAUGCAAUUACACAAAACACCAGCAAAUAAACAAACGAUCUUCAACAAUUUAACAGCACACGUGUUGCAAAUUAGUCACAACACAAACGACUGAAGAUACACGCUGCAAAUUGGUCACAACACUUGCAAAUAUCCACGUAACACAACGGAAAUGUUUCUAGGGGACCCAAAAACAUGACGGACCCUGCUGAGAUAUGAAUGUGUUAUUAUGUCGUGUAAUCAGGAUAUUAACAUAAACACAAAAAACAACUCUCGCUUCAAAACCACCUAUCACUUCGCUGAGCAAAAGUCACGGUGUCAUGACCACAAGCAGCAUAACAACAUAUCCAUAUUUCAGCAGGGUCCAUCAUGGUCUGGCUGGCCACCGUAAAAGGACGCACGAAAAUCAGUGGAUUCAUAAAGAGUGACUUCUUGUGUCUCUUUGCAGGACUCAGGAGUCCUGGAUUCAUUAUGUGCCAGCUUUGUACAGUAAAGCGUCAGGUCAGAUUGUGUGUAACCGCUAUCAUAAAGCAGUGAUAUUAUAUUUCCACUAGAUGGCGCUUGUGUACUGUAAACUCAUAUUUAAAUUAGUUGUCGCCUACCCUGUUGUUGUCUAUUGAAAGGAAUGGGUCGAUAGAGCUGCCAUUUUAGUACAGGGUAGCGCUCCUUUGAAAUGAAUGUGCCAAUGUGACCUAGGUGCAGUGGACUGGCCAUCCAGAGCCAGAGAUAUGCACGUAUAUAUUUAUGAUCAGGAGUUUCCCGGUGGUCAGUAUGCAAAGAUUUUUUUUCUACAUCGAUGGAUAAGUGACCGCACGGGCAUUGCCGACAAAGAGCAUGUGUUUGUGUGCAUGGAAAUGUAUUAUCCACCCUCCCUGUUAAAUUUGAUCUAAUCCAUGUUCAGAAACACAGUCUCACACCCUCUCCUGCUUUCACUUCUCAUUCUAAUGGAGGGAGCGAUUCGUUUGUGAUUGAAUCUCCGUUAUGAACAACUCGUUCACUUAGCCGACAACAAUAAUAAUAAUACAGUUUCUGGCACCACAGUGUCUGGUUGUCAUAAUUUAUUUACUUUGUUUGCUUAUUUUUUUCAACAAAACUAGCACAAGCCUGGUAUUUAAUGCAAUUUUGUGCAACUUUGCCUUAUGGUGAAUGCAGUAAGUGACUGUAUUAUCAUCAAUAACGUUACUUUGUGAGCCCAAAAGUUCGUAACAUACAAAAACGUAAAAAACAAAAUCUUACCUAUGAAAUGUUUUGCCUUUAUGCUUUGUUUUCUUUGUUUGCUCGUUACUACACCCGUACACAGCGCUAAAGUCCAGCAUCUUCACAUUGGCACUCUUGACUAGUGCGGUUGAAUGACAUUUGUGCUGGUAGCACUGUAC